AUGGAACAAAUAUCUAAUAUAUUGGAACACGUAUGUACUAUUUUCACUGUAAAUACUCCCGGUUGUCAUUGCUUCCUUAAAAUUUUUUUGAAUGCGAAAGGAAUUAGGCGCGACUCACUUAGUGCAUAUCUGACUUCUAAAAGGGAAAUAAUAAUAAAUGCAAGAACCGAAACAAGCAAAACAGAUGAAAUCAUUUGUCGUGAAGUUCAAAAUAAGCUUACUGUGCCUCAGAAUGUGAUGGCUGAAAACUCUAAAAUCAUGUUAUUACGAAAUGGUCUCCUUCUAAUUGAUAUUCCAUAUAUGUCUUUUGAUUUAAGCAAACCAAAACAAAGUAAAGAAUGUGAUGGUAUAACAUUACAGGAAUGCAAAAGUUCUGUUCCAAAUGAGCCUAAUAUCGAACUGGAUAAUGGUGAAAAAUUACAAACACAACAUCUUGAUCGACAUAAAACUAUUCGCGAAGGGAAUAAACUCAUUUUCGUGAUCCCCUUAGACAAAAAUUUCAAGGAAGAGAAUAUAAAGGUUACUGUUGUACAACGUUCAGUAUGCAUAACAAUUACUAACCUUGAUUAUUCAAUAGUGAAACAUAACUCUAAUAAAUCUGAUUCCAAACAUCUUGUCCAAAGAACAUAUUAUAAAGAAUAUGAGGCUUCUGAUUGUAUUCCUGAUCCUGAAUCAAUUAAUUUUUAUGUUGAUAAUAAUCGUCUUAUUGUUAAUUUAAACAUAACCAAAACGUCACAACAAUCUCAGAUAACAUGAAAAUUCCUCUUAUACAGAACCUCA